GCGAAACAACCAGCCAAUGUCCGGCAAGUCCGCCGAAGCCAGUCGCAGUUUUAAUCCGUUGUCACAGCAAACGCGGACUCUGUGGUGUCAUACUGUUUCUGGCUCGGAUGCAGUCAGCGCGGUCCGCAUCGUUGUGCUCUGUGUUUGUUUAUCGUGUUUGUUUACAUCGUGCGUUUAGUGAUGAUGCUGCGCUGUUAUCAACAAAGACGAGAGAUGAGAGUCAGUGAUUGUGUUAAUGUUUAACGAUUCUGAUGCCCAGAAUCAAGUUCUCUUCUUAACUUCGUGAAAGUGAAGUGAUGAUUAUGUAAGCAGCGAAACAAACAAGGAAAUGAGUGCUGCUCUGCGGUUCUGACAAGCGCGCAGAAUCACAGGAAAACUAUUUCCGGCAAACAAGAGUGUACUGUGUUAUACAAAUAGUAAUAAUAGUAAUCGGAGAAACUAAGUGUAAGGCAAAAACAAAACAGCAGAGACACAGUUGAAGGAUACUUAACAAAAAAAAAAAAAACUAGUGUGUGUACAUAAAACGCCGCAAAAAGAAACAAAUUCGCGGUAGCGAUAGUGUGCAAAAAAUAGCAAAACAAACGACAACAACAAAAAAACGCCACAAUGUCCAACGCGGCUGAACCAGUUCGGGGUGCACUGCGUCAUACCCUGUUCGCGCUAUGUGCCCUGGUGCACGUGCUGCACGGAGCUGUUAUGAUAGAAAAAUUCCCGCAAGUCGUCGACAACCGGUUGCAAACGACGGAGGUUCCCCCAAGCUGCCCAAGCGAAAUCUACUGCCAUGGCAAGCUGCUCGAUACCGUGCAGAUGAUGGCGAUCUAUCCCGACUCGAAAACGUUCGUCGACAUGAAGAUGAAGAAGACCCCCAACGAAACGUUGGCCUCCUUCAACGACUUCCUGGAGCAGACGAAGGACAAACCCACUAAGCAGGAGAUGCAGCAUUGGGUGGAAUCGAUGUUCGAGAAGCCGGGAGCCGAGUUCGAGGAGUGGCUCCCGAACGAUUGGAUCGAGAGCCCAGCCUUCCUGGAGCACAUCAAGGACACCGAUCUGCGCGAGUUUGGCAAGGCACUGAACGGUAUCUGGAAACAGCUGGGUCGCAAGAUGACCGCCGAUGUUGCGAUUAAUUCAGAGCAUUAUUCCAUUAUUCCCAUCACCCAUCCCGUCAUUGUGCCCGGAGGAAGAUUCAGGGAGUUCUACUACUGGGACUCAUACUGGAUUAUGAAGGGACUACUCCUGUCGGAAAUGUAUUCGACGACCCGCGGUAUGCUGGAAAACUUCCUGUCCAUCGUUGAGCGGUACGGUUUCAUCCCGAACGGUGGUCGCAUCUACUACAGCAUGCGCUCCCAACCGCCGCUACUGUGUGGAAUGGUGAAGGCCUACGUUGAUGCCACCAACGAUACCAAAUUCGCUGAGGAUGCCGUUGAAACACUCGAGCGAGAGUUCGAGUUCUUCAUGAACAACUACCUGGUCGAGGUCAACGGUUACCAUCUGGCUGCGUACGGUUACAAAUCCACCGGUCCACGACCCGAGUCUUACCGGGAGGAUAUAAUCAGCGCGCAGAUUUUCGAAAAGGAGGAAGAUAAGCAGGAUUUCUACAGCGAACUGAAGGCAGCAGCGGAGAGCGGAAUGGACUUUUCCAGCCGGUGGUUCAUCAAGGAGGGUACGAAUGCAGGCAAUCUGACCGAUUUGAAGUGCCGUUCGAUCAUUGCCGUGGAACUGAACGCGAUCCUCUACUGGAACGCGCUGAUCAUCUCGGAGUUCUACACCCUUAAGAACGACCUCCGGAAGGCAAAUUUAUACGAAGCGAAAGCGGAUGAAAUAAAGAAAGCUAUUGCAGCAGUAUUAUGGAACGAGAAUGAGGGCGCCUGGUUGGAUUACGAUCUGAUCAACAAGAAACAUCGCCACUACUUCACACCCACCAAUCUGUCCCCGCUAUGGACCGGAUGUUACGAUAAGGAUGAUGCCAGCUUGCCGAAAAAGAUCCUCGCCUAUAUUGAAAAGCUAGGAUUGGAUACGUACCCGGGAGGUGUUCCGAAUACGCUGAGCAACACCAACGAACAGUGGGAUUUUCCGAACGUUUGGCCACCCAUGCAGCACAUGUUGAUCAUGGGACUGGACAGCAUGAACAGCCAGGAGACUAAGGAGUUGGCAUUCAAGUGGGCCCAGCGAUGGGUGCGAGGCAACUACAUUGCGUACAAUGAAACGAAAGCCAUGUUUGAGAAGUACAACGCUGAGGAACUUGGCGGCCAUGGUGGUGGUGGCGAAUACGAAGUUCAAACCGGGUUCGGUUGGUCGAACGGUGCCGUUAUGGAUCUGCUGAAUAAAUACGCCGAUCGGAUAACAACAGAUGACAGCAAAAACGGCGCGGGCGCUCUUGUGUCGUAUUCCAUUAACUCAGGUAUUCUGGCGACGAUUGUGGCCUUCUUCAUCGGGAUAUUCGGGUGAGCGGCAACGUACCUUAUUUGGAGUAUAAUUAACAGUAUUGUUCCUAUUCCGUAAAAUUAAGUAUAACCGAAUUGUUCACAUCUAACUCGAGACCCCUGUCAUUGGGACUUAACUGUUUCGGCAUGGAUUUCCAGUGGAAGUUAUGUGUUAGUAUUUCGUUUACCGUGUGUUUGAAUGCUAACAAUACAUAAAAUUAGACAUCGCAAAACACACAGAGAAUGUUGCCUGUUACAGUACCCAUUUAUCCGUUAUUGAAUAACAAACUUUAGCUUGUCCUACUGUUUAAUGUGGAAUAAUUAGCGAGCAAUAACUUUGAAUUUGCUUUUAUCUUCUCCAACAUAGCAUAUUCCGUCGAUUUUUUGGUCGAUGAGCCAGCGAGCAAUGAUACUAUUUUAAUAAUAAAUUAUUUUAUGGAAAA